AUGACCAGCGGUGCUAAAGAAGCACUUGACAGAAAGGAAGACUCGGGCUCAGAAUUCAGUUUUGUCGGUGAUGAAAAAACGAUCUGUGAACAGGAUCUACCAAUAACUACAACGCCUGGUAUUAACCCCCGUAUCGAGUGUUGGAGAUUGUUUAUACAUAAUAUUUUUAGAACGGUUGUUGAAUUGAACCAUGACCUCGAUGUUUGGAAAUGGUUCAUGUUUUCUAACUACAAAGGGAAACAGGAAGUUCAAGCUGAGGUACAACCUGAGAAGUUCAUGAUAUAUGGUGGACCACAACAUACCAGGGAAAUAUAUCGUCGAUUGAAGGCUGGUGUUGGUAAACGAAUUCUGAAACUUCAAUUUAUAGUAAUUUCAAAGUUUGAAUAUCAAGAGUUUGUGACUAUUUUCUGGACUUGGUCUUCCACAGAAAUCCGUGUUUAUGAUGUGCUAACAAAAGAGCUAGAACUAUUUUACAGAUUUGCUGCCACAAAAUUUAGAAGUAAAUGUGAA